AUGAAAGUGUUGAUAUUCACAGUUGUUUUUAUAUGUAUUAUUCUAUCAUGCGUUCAAGUAGGAUCAUCAGAAAAUAUUGAGCCUGCUUCAAAAUUGUCAAUAAAUGAUGACGACGACGACAACAAUAGCAACGAAAACUACAAUGACAUGUCACGUAGUAUAAGACCUUCAGCAUCAAUGCAACGACGAUUCUUAUUUCCUUCUCAAAAUCUUGAUCGUCGAUCUCGACCAUUAUAUGGCUAUGGACGAAAAUCUCAUUGGGAUACAUUUUUUGGAUAG